GCACGCAAUUGGUUUCAGUUCAGACCAGACGAUGAAUCGUCUGUUUCUUUAAUACCUUUUCAUGUUUUCCUGUUAAUGUAAUUGUUAUUGCUUAAUGACUGACUCAUUUUUUAAAAGAGUAUUAUUUGUUGAUCUUCGAGAAAGCAUGGCUUGAGGAUAGAUUUCUUAAAAUUUAAUUUCAAUGUUGACAGUAAUGAGAACAGCAUACAAAUUCUUCAUCAUAUUCUUUGUUUUAAUAAGCUAUUGAACUUUUCCUAAUGAAUUCAUUUAACAGUUUCUUAACUUUGUAACAACUUGAUGGCGUGCAGUUAAAUUACUGAAAAACCAAACGAUGUCAAAGGCUGAAGCACUUUUCGACUUAGUGCAUAUAUAUUUUCUAUUUUCCUUAAGCUGCUAAUAUUUUGCCUAAGGGCAAACAAAACAAGUUACUUUGCUUGUCCUGAAAAGUAGUCAUCAUGAGUUACCUUAGAAGCUCAGCAAAUUACAUGUGGAGUACGUCAUUUGUUUUGGGAAAAGGAGCAACUGGUUCUGUUUAUCAAGGAGUUCAUAAAAAAACAGGUGAAUCUGUUGCUGUCAAAGCAUUUAAUCAUACCAGCCAUUUGAGGCCCUUGGAAGUUCAAAUGAGAGAGUUUGAAGUAAUGAAGAAACUCUCACAUGAAAAUAUUGUUAAAAUGGUAUCCAUUGAGGAAGAGAUUGAGAGUCAAAAAAAGGUUCUUGUUAUGGAACUAUGCAAUGCAGGAAGUCUUUUCACAAUAUUAGAUGACCCUCAGAAUAGCUAUGGUCUUGAAGAGGAGGAAUUUCUUUGUGUUCUGAAAGAUCUUUCUGCUGGUAUGAAGUACUUAAGAGAUAACAACAUAAUUCACAGAGAUUUAAAACCUGGAAAUAUUAUGAAGUUUAUUUCUGAAGAUGGAAGAUCUAUAUACAAAUUAACAGAUUUUGGUGCAGCUAGAGAAUUAGAUGAUGAUCAGCAGUUUAUGUCACUGUACGGAACUGAAGAGUAUUUGCAUCCAGAUAUGUAUGAAAGAGCUGUGUUACGCCAUCACGCCAACAAGCCUUUUAGAGCAACUGUUGAUCUCUGGAGCAUUGGUGUCACUUUGUAUCAUGUAGCUACAGGCUCUUUACCAUUUCGACCCUUUGGUGGACGAAAGAAUCGUGAAACAAUGCAUUUCAUAACUACCAACAAAGCAUCUGGUGUUAUCUCAGGUGUACAGCAUAGUGAAAAAGGACCUAUUGAAUGGAGUAGGGAGCUUCCACAAACAUGUCUUCUGAAUCAGGGCCUAAGAGACUUAGUCACUAUUCUACUGGCUGGAAUACUGGAAUGUAAUAAUGAAAAGAUGUGGACUUUUGAGCAGUUUUUUGAUUGUGCUACUGACAUAAUCACUCGAAAAGUUUUCCAUGUAUUUUACAUGAAUGAAGGAAAAGAAAUCAGUCUUUACAUGCAACCAAAGGCUAUGCUUCAAGAUUUACAGCAGCAAAUAUCCAUCCAAAUAGCUGUGCCUACAAAAAAUCAACUAAUUCUAUUUGACAAGUCUCUUUUUGUCAAACAAAUAAGUUCUUCUGCUGAAGUAUCCUCUUAUCCCACUACAAGCGAGAUUCAGCCACUUAUACUAGUGCAUAUGGAACAUACAGAUGUGAAGGACAUGACUCGGUUAGGUGCCUUAUCAGCGUGUUUUCCAAUGUUCCCAUCUGCUCCUAUAAACACAGAUCAUGAUGCUUCUUUAGCAAAGACGUGUUGCAGUGUUGCACAUGCUGUGAAACGGUGUGUUGUGAAGCUUGUGAGAUGCAGAGAGCUUUUAUUGAGGAUACCACAAGUUCUUAUAGCCAUUACUUUCGAUAAUGUAACAAGGCUUUGCUCUAAUUCAGAUAUUUUGAAGCAGAGGAUAGAAGAUGUCAACUAUAGAUGUGAUCAACUUGAAAGAAGUGUUCUGUUGGUUUCUGAAUUUUUAUCAAUGUGGCCCAAUCAAGAACUAUGUGAAAAUGAACUGCAAAGGAUGCUGCAUCUUGUAGCAGAUAGAAAGCAAAUCAAAGAUCAGUUAAAACAAAAAGUUCUUCCUCUUCAGUCUGCAAUUCAUAUUUUGAAGCAAAGAGUGAUUAUUUCAAGGAGGUUGCAAACUGAGUGGGAGCAAGCUCUUUCUGAAUGUUCUUCUCUUGUAGGAUGCGUUGAAAGAGCAGACACUUAUGUGAAUAAGAUUAGAGAAAGCUGGCAGUCUUUUAUGAGAGAUAAAAGUAUGAGAGUUCUUUCCACUCAUGAUGAGCAAUUUCAUAUAUUAGAAAAGGUUAAAGUACAACAAACAAGCAAAAAGCUAUUAACUUUACUUCAGGAUCAAUGCUUAAAGUCUUGUUUGCAAGCUUCAAAUAAGCUGGAUGAGUGGUACAGUGGUAUGCAAGCUACAAUGGUGCAGUACAAAUGCUUAGAGGAAGAUCUUAUUUCAGUUAGCAUGCAUGUCAAAAGUUAUUCCUCAUCUUUGGAAGAGGCUGAGAUUAAAGCUUUUGAAAUCUGUGAUCAAAUUAUUUCACAAUUAAAAUCUGCAGAAGUACCUGGUACAAAUACAAAUUUUUCUCAGUCAGUUGUAUCUUCUGAUGUAAUAAAAGAAUCUCUGGCAAUGAAAAAUGGAGAUAAUUCUGCUCUAAAACGAAAAUUAUCUUAUAAAACUGUUCUUUCCAAACUUCAAAACUUAAAGCAGGAACAGUGCAAUUUGUGGGAAAUAGCAGAGCAAAAUAAUGCUAUCAUUGAAAGGCUCGGUGGUAUGCUGAAAAACAUGAAAACAGAUAACGGCGAAAGUGUUCACUUACCUGCAUGAACAUUCUGUGAUGAAAUUGUGCCUAAGUAUUACUCAGAAAGCUCCUUCUAUCAAUUGUAUAAAUCCCUUCUUGAUAAGUAGAUAUUGAUGCUUUUGUUACUGAUCGUCAUACUUUUGUAUGUUGUUCCAUUGGGAGGGUUUUUGUAAUGGCUGUUCAUGCCUGUUCAGCAAAACAUAUUUUUCUGAUUACUGUAUAUAGAAUCGUUUUUAUUUCACAUUGAAGAAAAUAUAUAAUUAUACAUCAUUUCCAUGUCUAGAAAUAAUGAGAAUGUUUCCUGCUUCCAUAGAAUUUUGAGAACUUCAAGCAAAAUUACUUUUUCUUAAAUAUUUAAAAGUAUAUUUGAUUUUUUAAUUUACUUGCUUUUUUUGUUCAAAGCAUUAGUAAGUUAUUUUGGAUAUUGUUGUAUUUUUAUCUAAAUAUGCAUUAAUUGGUGCCAAAAAAACAUUUAAAUGAGAAAAAUUAUACUUUUGUGUCAAGAUUUUAGUUUUUUUUUUUUUUGAUACAUUACUUUUAGUAUUAUAUGAAAUCUUUUGAGGUUUUGAUGCAUUAAAUUUUCAAAAAUAUAACUGUAUCCUUUUUAAAAGUAAAAUUUGAAGGCAUUAAUCUCGACUAGUGGUUAACAAUGUACGAAGGCCAUCCGGAAAGUAGUACAGUAAAACCUGUAAAGUUGACCUUCUGUCUAAGUUGACCGCUUUUGUCAGGAACGGAAUUAGUCCUAUCUUAUAUAAUGAAGGAAAACCUUUGUAACUUGACCACCUCUCUAUCUUGACCACCUGUCUAUCUUGGCCACUAAUAUACACCAGCUUUGGUUUGGAGUAUUGUAAAAAACCCUUUGUAAGUUGACCACUAGGCAAAAGCAUUAGAUUGUACUAAAAGUUUCAUCAGUUAUGCCUCAAAUAAGUAACCAAACAUUUUAGAAAAACCCAUGAAUAUAUGAAUAUUUAUGCUUCCAUCGAAAAACAUCGGGCUAAUGUUAAGUCCCAGAAAAUGAGCCAAACUUCGAUAAGGAGUUAUUUUGUUGAAAAGUAGAUUACCAUGGUUACAAAUGUACAUGAAAAAAUCAAAUGAAGGAUUUGAGUCACUUUUGACUUGUUAUGAAUUUUUAGGAAUUGUUAAUAUCAAGUAAGUAGUUUUUCAUAAGCAAUGAGGCAUUUUUUUUUUGAUCGAAUCACAGAAAUUUUAAAUUUGUAUGAUACUUUACGUGCAUUCUGGUAAAUAAGCUCUAAAAAUAUUUAAACAACAUUUUUUCUUAUUGUUUUAAAGUAAUGUUAAACAAUGAAAGUGAGUUUAAAGUAUUCCAAUUAGUUAAAAAAUGAAUGCAUUGGAAGAGAAAUGACAAAAAAAAAAAGUUUUCAUUACUACCCUCUAUAAGUUGACCACCUAAGUACUGCACCGCAUGUGGUCAACUUACACAGGUUUCACUGUACCCGUUUCCGCCGCAUGAGGCGCUGACGAUGCGAAUAGCCGCCGGUCAAGAUCAGACCACUUCAGUGGCUUUUCUGCCUUCUGUGUUGCAAGUUCUGUGACGCUAGCAUUGCCUGUGUUGUAUCUGUGGCCAUUCAUAACGUUUAAAAAAAAUUGAGAACGCCGCCAAUUGUGAAACAUUAAAGAAAUUACUGCGGGCAAUACAAAAUCGACGGAGAGGUCUAUUGUCUGAUGGCAUCAUUCUCUUCCACGACAAUGCUAGGUCUCAUGCAGUGGGGAUAACACAACAACUUCUGCAGCAAUUCAAUUGGGAAAUAUACGACCAUCCACCGUAUAGCCCAGACUUGGCCCCUUCAGAUUUUCAUCUCUUUACAAAACUUAAAAGAGUUUUUGGCGGGAAAAAGAUUUGACAGCGAUGAAGAACUUAAAGAAGGCUUGACUAUGCAUUUCAAAUGGCUGACGGCAGAGGAAUAUGAUGCUGGAAUACAAAAACUCGUCACACGUUAUGACAAAUGCUUCAAUUUGCUUGGAGAUUAUGUGGAGAAGUAGUUUAAGGUAUGCUCUUUUCAAUAAAAAUGUUUACAUUUGUUAAUACUUACUUCUGUGUCUUUAUUUCACAAACGGGUAUUACUUUCCGGAUGGCCCUCAUAGUAGAGUAAAAUAAUGAAAAGAAGGUUACACUUUUUUCUAGUAGGUUAAACAGCUGAUCUAAUUCCACUUAUUAUGCAUCUAUUUUAUUUUUAUUAGUACAUGUAUGAAUUUACUGAAGUGUAGAAUUAAGAUUACAGAAUUUACUUUUAAUAAUGGGAGAAAAUAUUUCAGUCAUUAUUUUCCAUUCAUGAAUUUCAUAGUUGAAUUUUUUUUUUUUUUUUUUGGUCUUCAAAUUUAUUUCAUUAACUGACUGAUCUGGUUUAAAUGAAUUAUAAGACAAAUGUAAAAAAAAAAAAAAUAAUAAUAAUAAACAAAUAAAAUAAAAUAAAAGACACAAAAUAUAUUUUCUUCUCUCUUGUGUCUUUUGAAAUAACUUACAUUUAUGAAUCACUCAGGAUUAUGAAUUUUGUAAUUACUUGUAUAUAGCAUAUUUUGUGUUGUGAAGUUCUUUGUGGCAAUGGUAUAUGUUAUACAUAUUUAUGUUAUUUUGUGCUAGAUACAUGUUAAAGCUUUUCUGUUGUUUGUUUUGUGUGAUACAAAAAUUAUAUUAUGAAUCAUUUUAUAAUGAUUUAAAUGCAGAAACAUAUU